UGUUCGCUUUGAAGAAAAAGUGUUACGUUAGGGCACUGUCAGGACUCAUCGCAAGCCAAAGUCAGACAUAUUCCAGCAUGGUUUGUGUGAAUGUCAGCCCUCGUGUGGCACUAGUUGACGAACGAGUCUCCAUCACUGUCACAGGUCUUCGUCCUGUACAGAGAGUGACGGUACAGUCAUGGCUGAAACAAGGAGAAGCAGUGUUCAGAUCCAAUGCACAUUUUCUAGCAGACGGGCAAGGACAGAUCGAUGUUUCACAUCAUGUUUCAUAUGGUGGAACAUACAGAGGUGUCGACAGCAUGGGGCUGUUCAGGAGCAUGAAGCCUGUUCCAGGGGCGUCCAGGAAGACACGUAUCCUGAAGGAUGAUGUGAUGACACCUCUGGUCUUCACAUUGUCUGUCAUGGAUGGCCACAUUGCCUUUGAUGACCUCCAGCUGCCCAGGACAGUGGAGCUGGCCACAGGCGAGUUAGAACGCUGGUACAAACAUCCUACCGUGCACAGGAUCGUUGUGCGUGAAGGUCCCCUCAGAGGAACUCUCUUUCUGCCUCCUGGUGAAGGGCCUUUUCCGGGAUUGAUCGAUAUGUCUGGUUCUAUAGGAGGACUGGUGGAGUACCGUGCUGCCUUGUUGGCUUCCAGAGGCUUUGCUUGCUUUGCACUUAGCUACUUUAGAUAUGAUGAUCUCCCAUCCUCAAUGGCUGACAUUGACUUUGACUACAUACUUGGAGCUGUAGAUUGGUUGGCAUCUCAUCCCCAUGUACAGGUAGGGGGUAUUGGUGUGAUCGGUGCCUCCAAGGGAGGUGAAGUAGCCUUCUUGCUUGGCAUGACAACUAAUAAGAUCCGAUGUAGCUGCCAGCACUGUUUUGAACAGUAUUUCUGUGAUAAUACGGCAUGCAAGUUAAAUGUAGGGGACAUUCUGAUGUUAAACACCAAUAAUCUGAAAUACACCGAUGAAGGUGUAUAUUUGAAAGACAAUCUCAGCUAUGGCAUUGAAGUCAUUCCGGCCUGGAAGAAUAAUGCCCAAAUCCUAUACUUGCUUGGUGAAGAUGAUGGCGUGAUGCCAAUAGAUCAUGCUAAAUAUUUCAUUGAGACUUGUCCUGAAGAGAAGAGGAAGAACAUUGAACUUGUGUCUUACCCAGGAACAGGCCACCGCAUCGAACCACCAUACAUGCCUAUGUACAGGACACUGUAUCACCCAGUACUUGGCAUGACCCUGGUGGUGGGAGGACAUCCUGAAGCUCAUGCAGCAGCCGAGGAGGAUGCCUGGAGAAGACUUCUCAACUUCCUCCACAAGCAUCUGCCUCAUUAGGACCACACAUCAUGUCCAUCAAAACCGAUAUAACCAGUAUUUAGUUUUGACAUCUUGAGGGAAGGACACGCUGAAGCUCUAGCUGCACCUCAGAAGCUUACCUGGAGAGGAGAUCUCCUACUUAUCCUAUGUUCUGGUGUAGACAUCUUGGACAUUCUCCUGUCUACUUCAGUUACCCUUACUUAUUUUAAUGAAUCCGCUCUGAACAGACAAAACUGUU